AUGUCCGGCUCUCCACGUCAAGAAAAAUACAUUGCUAUCGAUAUCAUGGAGCAGAGACAGCGAGAAGAGUUGAACAAUCGAAUUACACAUCUCAGGUUACUGGAGGACUUCAUCACGACCGACUUAGCCUACUACCUCGAUCUGCAAACCCAGAUUGUAAACAAGACAAUAGAGACUAUCUCGUUUGAAGACCUUUGGUAUCUUUUCCGCCCGGGCGAUGUUGUGUACGCCAGGAAUCAAGGACACGAGCAGCUGUACAAGGUUCAUUCCCUCACGGGUGGUCAGUUGCGGAGGCGUAACCAUACUCGAGAUGAGAUGAAAGACCGGCGAAACGUCACCCGCCCUGUCCCACUCGACGGCGUAGUGUACACCGCUGUCGAGGAAUCAGGGUCUGGAACGUGGAGCCCAUUCAUGAUCGACUGUUUCACCAUGGGGUUUGACGGGGUUCUCGUUGGCCCAAUCGACACUCACAGGCAAAUCAAGCACUACAGUCGCAGGUGCAAGAUCACUGAUCUACCAAUCUACCCGCUUCGCUUUCAUAAACAGGAAUGGGAGGUUACUGCCAAGCUCGAAGCUAGGGGCCGGGCUUUCAUAAGCUGUUACGGUCACAAGAGUUACAGCGGCAUCACUAUCACACGGACGAAGCAAGGGCCUCAGGAAGAACACUUCCAAGGCGACAUAUACAUCGACUUACGCGAAUACUAUCUGAGAUACUCUCUGGAGAGACCUCACUUCGGGACACUGCAAAAGGCAGCACCUGAUGUCACAGAGGUGGAUGAAGGCAAGGACGGAAGGCGGUUCUUCGACCAUGAGGUGGAUGAAAAGAUCACCAAGAACUUUAUAUGCUCUCAUUACUCUACCAUGGAGCCAACCCUUUCGAAUCGUGGUGCUGCAGUGCAAGACUCCCCCGAGGUUGUGCAGAUCCUUGGACACCAAGUCCCUGCCUACUUGUUUCGUCACAGGAAAUACGUACAUGUAUACGUUGAGAACGUCAAGGAUAUCGAUGACGCGGAAGAUACCGGCUGGGAAGACCUGGUCAUUCCUGACGGUCACAGGAACCUCUUGGUAUCGCUGGUCGAGAAUCACACGAAGGGCGGAGUCACAGACCUUUACACAGAUAAUGCUAGUGAAGAUGCUUCACAGAUCGAUAUAGUUAGGGGCAAGGGCCGUGGGCUUGUUAUUCUGUUACACGGACCCCCAGGCUCAGGCAAGACCAGUACCGCCGAGACUGUCGCUGCCUACACGCGGCGACCGCUAUAUGCAGUCACCUGCGGAGAUCUCGGACUCUCACCGAGAGAAAUCGAGCAUAGCCUUCGAGAGCACACGGACCGAGCUCAUCGAUGGGGUUGUGUACUGCUCCUAGAUGAGGCUGACGUCUUCCUGACACGCCGCGACUGGCGUGACAUGAGUCGGAACGCACUCGUGUCAGUGUUUCUACGCCAGCUUGAGUACUAUGCUGGCAUCUUGUUCCUCACCACCAAUCGCGUCGGAGUCAUCGAUGAAGCAUUCAAGUCCCGUAUACACGUGUCUCUCCGCUAUCCCCGACUCAGGCUGCAAGAGACGCAGCAACUGUGGGAAAAAACACUGGCACGCAUAGAGCGCGACAACAAGAGGACAAAGGUGCAGAUCAAAUUUGACCGAGGAGCACUCCUAGCCUUCGCAAAGAAGCACUACAAUCAGCACGAGGAGACGGAGACAACUUGGAACGGCCGCCAGAUCCGCAACGCUUUCCAGACAGCCAUCGCCCUGGGCCAAUACGAUCGGCAGAAGGCACUUAGAGAAGCAAAGAUGACGAGCGAGGACGCCGAAAAGACCGGGCAGAAGAAGGGGAUGAUGAUGAGGUUGACGACGGCCAAUUUCCGCGACAUCGCGAAGGCAGCCCGGGAAUUCGAAGACCACCUCACGAACGUGAGGGGCCUGGAUCACUACCUGGCGCGCGAGAACCAAUGGCGGGACGAUAUGCAUGAUCCGGAGGCCCCAGAGGUGAAGAAAGACUACGGAAGGUCGCUGGCCCCGAGGUCGUCGCAUGGAAGACCAUCAGACUACCUUAGUCCACAAUCCUCUACUAUGAACCGGCCUAGGAAGAUGACAGCGAGCUCUUCAUCUUCGAAGAAGCAGGUGGCAGAAGAGAGCGACCAAGACGAAGAAGACAUCUUCGAGGAAGACCUGUCUGAUGAUUGA